GCCCACUCGCUGGUUGGCUGCGACCUAGGCCUCCCUAUUCGGGUUGUUCCCACGCUUCUGCCCUCGGUUCCCAAGCCUCAACCUCAGGAUUGGCAACGUGUACCACGCGUUCCAUCUAUCUUCUAAGACUUUGCCCUUCUCCAGAGAGAGCAUUCAGGAGACUAGGAAAAUGGCCACGGGGCUCCUGAAAGCCAAAAAAGAGGCAUUCGUGGCAUUCAGGGAUGUGGCUGUGGACUUCACCCAGGAAGAGUGGAGGUUGCUGAGCCCAGCUCAGAGGACCCUGCACAGGGAAGUGAUGCUGGAGACCUACAACCACCUGGUCUCACUAGAAAUUCCAUUUUGCAAACCAAAACUCAUUUCUCAGCUGGAGCAAGGGGAAGAGCCCUGGAUAGAGGAGAGACAACAUCCACUGGGCCUCUGUCCAGGUUUCAGGCUCCAGCCCUCAUAGAGUGAUAAUGAUUUACAUAAACAAGUUUGGAUUCAAUAAAUGAAACAUCAGCCAUCAGUCAAAAUCAUGACUGAAUCAUACUAAAGAAUCUGACUCCACUUUUUGGAUAGUUUACUACUGACAGCCUUUAAGCCUCACCCCUCCCUCUUUCCCUUCUGCCCAACAUCUGGACAAGAUGAUAAGCUGAGGUACUCCCUCCUUUGACACUGGUGGAGAGUUAAAACUAUCCAUGGGAACCUUCAACCUGGCCUUAUCUGGUAACCAUCAUAAAAACUCCCUAGCAAGGCUUCUUUUCCUGCUGUCUCAAGCAACUUUCUGACUUGGUUGGGAUCCACCCCAGUCUUUUCAUUAUGUGAGUAAUAAAACUUUUCAUACUCGGUGCAUGUGUUGUGACACCAGUCUUGAUAUCUGAACCAAAUUUUGGGUAUAUGUGGUGGCCCAUCCUGUCACUUAAGAGUGGCUAUAAUAUUAAUGCUAGUACAACACUGUAUUGAUAACUAGCUUUAUAAUUUUUUAAAAUUGUUUUUAUUAUGGUAAAAUAUAUAUAACAUAAAUUUUGUCAUUUUAAUGAUUUUUACAUAUACAGUUUGGUGGCAUUAAUCACUUUCACAGUGUUGUAUAACCAUCACUACUAUGUAUUUCCAAAACUUUCUCAUCACCUCAAACAGGAACUAUUACCAUUAAGCAAUAACUCCCAUUCCCCUCUCUCCCUAGCCCCUAGAA